AUGGGAUUGAAAAUUUCAAUUAGAUCAAGAUUAUUCGAAUUGAUUGAUGAACCAAAUAAUCAAUUAACCAUUCAAAAUGCUCAAGCAAUAUCAAGAAUUUGUAGAUUUGAUUUCCCAAUUGAAUGGCCAACUUUAAUUGAUGAAAUUGAACCAAUGUUACAAAAUUCAUUACAAGAAGAUAAUAGAGUUAAACUUCGUAAUAUAUUGGUUAUAUUAAAUCAAAUUAUCAAAAAUUUGGCAAUGGCCAAGAUUGGUAAGACUAGACCUGCUUUACAAUCAAAAAUCCCUAUAAUUAUACCACUAAUUGUCAAGAUUUAUAUUCAUUUUUUCAAUGAUUUCAUCCAAGAUUAUAACUUAGAUACUAUUGAAAUUUCAUAUAUGGCAUUGAAAAAUAUAAGAAGAAUUAUUGUUGAUGUUGUGGAAAUUCCAUAUCACUCUAAUGAAUUAAAAGAAUUUUUAGGAAUUACAGUGGAACAUUUAAAAAUUUUAAAUAAUUUUGAAGUUGAUGCUGAUCCUAUACAUAAAUUCAUGAGAUGUUAUAUUAAGAUAUAUCAUAAUCUAACAAAAAAUAAUCCAACAAACUUGAUACUUUUCCCAUCUUCCAAGGAUAUCUUGUAUACAUUAUUAGGAUAUAUUUAUGACAAAGCUGAAUAUUUACAUAAUUUGGAGAAAGAAGAUGAUACAGAAGAUGUUUAUGAAUUUAUUGUGAUUAAAUCAUUGUUGAUUUUCAAGCAAAUUAUAAAUUUCCUUUUCAAGAAAGGUGCUGUAUUAACAUUAAAAUCAAAAUCCAAUAAACAAGAAAUUGAAAAUGCAAUUCAAUUAUUAACAACAAAUUUCUUUACAGAAGAUAUGAUUAAAAAACUUACAGAUGUUUUAAUCAACUAUUAUAUCAAGAUUAAUAUAAUGGAAUUUAAAUUUGCAUGGAAUGAUGAUCCUGAAGAAUGGAUAAAUGAACAAUUGAAUGAAAAUUAUGAAUUUAAUUUAAGAAAAUGUUCAGAAAAUUUCUUCCAAGAUUUGAUAAAUCAUUUUAAAGAUUUAUUAAUACCAUAUGUCCUAAAUAAAGUGGAAAAUGAAAUCAAUUCAUUAGAUGAAUCCUCAAUGGAUAAUAUCUUAAUUAAAGAUUCAAUACUCACUAUUUUCCAAUUAAGUUCAAAUUCUAUUUCUGACGUGGUUGAUAUAAAUAAUUUAUUAACUCAAAUUUUCUUCCCAGAAGCAUUGAAGGAUGAUUCCAAAGAGAGAAAUAUUUUGAAAAGACGUGUUGGUAUCCUAAUAAAUGAAUGGUUAGGAUUAGGUGUUAUAAAUGAUGAAAAUAUGAUUAAAACUUAUGAAUUUUUAUUCAAAUUAUUAGAUCCAUCAACUCCAAAUAAUGAUACUGUUGUUAAAUUAACAGGUAUACAAGUCCUCAAAACAAUUUUAACAGAUUGGGAUUUUAAAAAGGAAUUAAUAAAACCAUAUUUACAAAAUUUUACAAAUGUGCUGGUUUCAUCAGUUGCACAAGUGGAAUAUACCGAGACAAAAUUAUUCAUAUUGGAUACAAUUUCUGAUUUGGUUUAUAGAACAAGUUCAUUAAUUUCUUUAGAAGAUCUUGGUCAACUUUUGGAAAUUGUUCCAAAAUUUUGGGAUUUGUCAAAUGAUAAUAAUCAAAUAAUUUUGAAAAAUAGUUUAUUAAGAAUCUUGAAAAAUUUAAUCAUUGCAUUAAACACAAACUCUCCUAAAACUUGGAACAUUGCAUUACCACUAAUAAAAGUUUGUUGUUCACCACAAUCGGAAUUUUAUACAUUACUUUCUGAAGAUGGGUAUGAAUUAUGGUUAUCAAUAUUACAACAUUUCCCACAAGAUUAUCAAGAUUCAACCAAUGCAUCAUUGAUUAAUGAAUUAUUAGAACUUUAUCCAAAUGCAUUAUUAAAUCAAACAGAAAUCUUACCAUUAAUUUUGGAAAUUUUUAGAAGUUAUACACUACUAACACCAAAUUUAAUCAUCCAAGAUGAAAUCCAACCAGUUAUUUUCCAAAUUUUGGAAAUUUUAGGAAAAUAUAUCCCAUCAAUGAGAGAUGAUUCAUUAGAUAUCCUUAUAUCAACAUUAGAAAUAAUUAUAUUACAAUCAUAUAAUAAUCCAAUUUUUUUUGAAAAAUUAUUGAAUUUAUUAAUGACAUCAGGAUUAUUACCAAAUAUCUUAUCAAUGAUUUUAGAUGAUGACCAAUCACCAAUCACUGUGGGUAAAUUAUUAUUAAUCAUUGCAAGAUUAUCAUUCUUAGAACCUACCAGUAUAAUUAAGAUUUUUGAAAUAUUAUUCCAAAAUGAUUUUGUUAAAACUAAGGAAAAUUUACGUAAAUCUAAUAAUAUUUGGUAUGCUAGAAUGGAUAACAAUAUUGGGAAUCCAAGAAACCGGAAAAUUCAUAUCUUAGGUUUAACUUCAUUAUUAAGAACAGGUAGGGAAGAAUUUUUUAAUGAUUUUAGUACAAUGAUUUCAUUAUGGAUUUCAUCAAUGGAAGAGAUUAAUGAAUCAAAAGGUGAUUGUGAAAAAUAUCAUUCAAAUUAUCUUUAUGAAUUUCAAUAUAAUGAUGAUUUAACAAUCCAAGAAAAUGGAGAAUAUCAAAGAUUUCAAAAUUUAUUGAAAUUGAAUGAUCCUGUCCAUAAUUUAAUCUUGAAAGAUUAUUUAAAAGAUACAAUGGGAUUAAUUAAACAAGCUAUUGGUGAUGAUAAUUUCUCAGCGUUAAUGGGUUCAUUAGAUAAGAAUCUUGUUGAAAAUUUUGAAUAUUUCUUGUAUCAGAUAAAUAACUAA